AUGACUACUUUAACAUCAUUACAAUUUGCAUAUAAUUGUUUGCUAUCUUCCAUGCCUUCGAAUUGUUUUGCAGGAAUGAAAUUCACAAGUUUGCAAAUACCACCCUUUGUUAGUUCAAUUACAGGAAAAGCUUUUACGUCAUGUAGAUUCAUAGAGUCAAUUCAAGUUGAUCCACAAAAUGAAUACUUUUGGACAGAUUCCCGAGCUAUUUUUUCAAAAGAUAAUUUAUCCAUAAUUUAUAUUGCAUCAAAUUCAGGAAGUUCAUAUGAAAUUAGUGUUAAUGUAAGUAAUGCUGAAGAAGGAUUAUGUGUUUCUAGCCAGAUUACUUCUGUUACAUUUAUGAAUGGCCUUCAAAAGAUUAAAAAUAAUUGUUUUGCUGGAUCUAAUUUGAGAAAUUUAGUAAUUCCAGAAACAGUAACAUUUAUUGAUGACCAUGCAUUCUACAACACGCAGCAACUAACUGAAAUAACACUUCCAAGCCGUAUAACAGUAAUAAGAAAUUAUUUAUUUGCUAGAUCUAAAUUAAGAAGAAUUACAAUUCCAAAUAAUGUAACUUUGAUUGAAGAAUUUUCUUUUUCGAAUUGUGUAGAUUUAACUGAAGUUAUAUUGCCUGAAAACUUGAAGGAAAUGGCAGGUGGAGUCUUUUCAGAUUCACCAAAUGUUGUUUUAUCUCUUCCAUCCGGUUCGAACUUAAUUAUCGAUCAGCAAUACUUGCUAAUGGAUAAAGAAAAAACUAUGAUUUUGCAGUAUUUUGGUAAUACAGAUACCAUUGUUUCUAUUCCUUCGACAAUAAGUUUGAUUAAAAAGGGUGCAUUUCAGAAUAAAAAUAAAUUAGUAGAAGUUCGAAUUGAUGGUGCAGAUAAUAAUCUACUUGUUAUUGAAGAUUUUGCCUUCAAUAAUUGUGAAAAACUUUCAAAAUUUCCUUCUUUAAAUCAAGUGACAAAAAUUGGAAGAUUUUCAUUUAAUAACACAAAAAUAGAUAAUGAUUUAGCAUUUUCACAAAUAAAUACAAUAUCUGAAAGUGCUUUUUCAUAUUCUAGUAUUUCUUCUGUUUCAUUCAUAUCAAAUGGAAACGUUGAUCUUUCAAAUAAUUGUUUUCUUAACUGCCAAAAUUUGAAAUCAUUGAUGCUUCAAGGAAAUGGUAACUUUACUUUGGGAUCUUCUUGCUUUGAAGGUUGUUCUUCCCUCAAUUACGUAUCUAUACCAAAUAGAGUAUUGAGUUUAGGCGUUAGCUGCUUCAUGAAUUGUGGAUUGACAUCUGUUUCAUUUACCGAUAAUAUAUUAUAUCAAAAUUAUAUUCCGGAUUUAUUGUUCAAAAACUGCAGAAAUUUGAAUCAGAUUUCGAUCCCAAACGUUAGGACAAUUGGUGCUGAAUCAUUCUCUAAUACAGCUAUCGAAGAAAUACUUCUUCCAGACACUGUUGAAAGCUUAAAUACUCAAUGUUUUAAAGGAUGUUUUGCCAUGAGAAAAUUGACAAUAAAUCCAAAUUCGAAAUUGUCGAAUUUGGAUUAUGGAGUUUUCGAUGGCUGCUCUAGUUUCGAAACUAUCUCCGAUUUUGCAUCUAAAAACUUCUGUUCUGAUAAUGGGGCGAUGUACAAUAAUCAAAGAACAAAAAUGAUUGUCUAUCCACCAGCUUCUAAAAACAAAUUUUUCGCUUUCACGGAUAGAGUGAAAUAUAUCGAAAAAAGUGCAUUCAUUGGAUGCUCUGCUUUGCAAGCAAUUCUUAUUCCUGAUGGAUCCGUUGUUGAGAUUGGAAAGAAUGCCUUUGAAGGCUGCGUUAACUUAAGACAUAUUAACUUGCCUCUAUCUGUCACCAAAAUUGGUGAGGAUGCGUUCAAAGGUUGCGAGAAACUUAUUUGUGGAGUAAUUAUAGAGAAUAAGACUGGGUCAUACAUUGAUAUGAUAAGAAAGGCAGGAAUUGAGAGUCGAAUGACCUCUUUUUGUAAAGAUUUCACUUGCAGAGUUCGAAAUCAGUUUGGAACUUUAAGCAAUGUCUUAUUUAUGAUAUCUGUCUUUAUAUUAAUGUAA